CAUUGAUGAAUGAUAUGGUUAUAUAAACACUCGCUCAGGAACCCAGUGACUGUUGAUACUUUCUUCCCUGGCCGUAAUCUUGAGCCACUCUCACAAUGAGUGAAGAGAUAAAGGAAAAGAACGAGUACGACGUCACUCCUCCAGAGCUGGCUGGGUCUUCAACUUCAUCCGUGUUGCCGGAAUGGGAUCCGAAGGAUGAGUUGAAAGCUCGACGGAAAAUAGACUCAUCUGUCCUACCGCUCCUAUUCCUCGGUCUCCUAGUCUUCCAGUUGGAUCGCAUGAACCUCGCCAGCGCCCUAACGGGCGGUUUCGCCAAAGAUAUCAAAGUUAGCCAAGACACUAUCAACUUGGGAAACCAACUCAUGUUUAUGGGUAUCGUGAUCUGGGAGAUCCCGUGCAACAUGGCUUUGCAGCGCCUCGGCCCAAGGAAAUGGAUAUCUGCCCAAGUCUUCGUCUUUGGCCUUAUCGCCACGCUUCAGGUCUUCGUCAAGAACAGGACGGGAUUCCUCAUCGCGCGACUGGCACUUGGGUUUGCCGAGGCCGGCUACAUCCCCGGAGCGGUGUACACACUCUCGACAUGGUAUACGAGGACGGAGCUGGCCAAGAGAGUUGCUAUUUUCUUCUUUGGCAUGUUUGGUGGCAACGCCAUCAGUCCCCUCCUUGCGUCUGGGAUACUGAAAUUGGAUAAUGCUCGUGGUAUUCGGGGGUGGCAGUGGCUCUUCCUGAUCGAGGGCCUCUUCACCAUCACGGUAUCCUUGGUUCUGGCCCUCUUCCUGCCGGGGUCACCCGAUUUACCACGACCCCUUCUGAGCCCGGGGAUCAUCAGGGUAUCCGAGGCCCAGAGAGUGAUACUCCAGAAGCGCCUCGAAAAGAGCGACAGCGAACGACGAGACGGCGCCCAGGGAAUGCAUAUCCCAUUGGAGAUUGUCUGGAAGACAGUAUCGCACUACCGUCGCUGGCCACACUUCGUCUCGACCUUUGCCGUGUUCUCCUGCUGGAGCCCGUUGACCACGUACACGCCGUCAAUCAUGGUAUCCCUCGGGUUCGACAGAAUCGUGGCCAAUGCCCUCGCGGCGGUCGGCGCCUCCCUGGCGCUUGUCGUGGUCUUCAUGUUCGCCUACCUCAGCGACAAAACCAACCGCCGCGGAGGCACCGUCAUCGCAGCCCAGGUGUGCUUCCUGAUCACGCUAAUUGUGGCGCAUGAGGCCCAGCCGCAUGUCGGGAAGUGGUCUCGCUGGGGGCUGUGGACGGCCGUGAACGCGUUCGCCGUGGGGUAUCACCCCGUCCACAACUCGUGGGUGCAGCUCAACUGUCGGGAUCCCAGGGAAAGGAGUAUUAGCAUUGCCAUGUGGGUGAUGUCUGCUAUCAGCGGUUUGAUGGUUGGCACGCAGUAUUACCAGGGAGGCGAUUCACCACUUUAUACGAAAGGUCUUCGUACACAGAUUAUCAUGGUCUCGGUGGGCAUAGUCUUUGCCGCCCUACAGAUCGUUGUCUAUGUCGUUCACAACAGGAGAGUUGCUCAGGGAAAGCACCAGGAGAAAGACGGGUCAGAGUCCAUGAUCUAUGUACCCUAA